AUGUUUCGUUGAUACAACUUUUCAACAUAAUAUAAACAUGAAGAAGUACCUGCAUCUACUUUCUGUAUUGUUUUUUUAUGACAUCUUAGAAACUCGAGGUUUUGCAGACUUUUUGAAUGUCCAAACAUUUCGAAGGAUUGGCAAGCCGCAAUUCGUGUUAUUUUACGCUGCCUGGUGUAAACCUUGUAAACAGUUGCUGCAAACAUGGAACCAACUGGCAGAUAAAUAUCAUCAGGAAUAUUCUUGGAAAAAAGUACAAAUACAAAAGGUAAACUGUUUGGAAGACACAGAAUUCUGUUCAUCUGAAAACAUUGUUGCAUAUCCUACAAUGAAGUUGUAUCACAAUGGUGACAUGACAAGAUUUGAUGGCAGAAGAAAUCUCCAUGAAUUUGAGCUUUUUAUUGACCAAACACUCAAUUAUAACAUCAACAUUCAUGAAGAAAAUGGACUGUUAACAUUAACAAGAGAAAAUUUUGAUGCUCAUAUCAAACAAGGAAAUGGCUUGCAUUUUAUUGAUUUUUAUGCUCCAUGGUGCAUUCACUGCAGACGUUUUGAGCCAACAUGGAAAGUGAUUGCUGAAUAUUACAAAGACAAUGAAGCAAUAACGAUAGGCAAAAUUGAUUGCACUAAAGAGACUGAUAUCUGCAAAAAGUGGGAAGUAAGUGGUUUUCCAACACUUGCAAUGUUUCAAGAGGGAUUCAAAUUGGAUACUUACGAUAACAGCAGAGAUAUUGAGAGCUUAAAGUCAUACAUUCAUCAAAUGUUACAACAACAAGAUCUAAUGAAUGAUUCACCUACACCAUCACCUGAUAACGUCAUACACAUCGGUACCAAUCCAUAUGAAGAACCUGCGCAGGACGAAGGCGAUGUAUUGAAGGUGAAAGAUAGCACAUUUGAUGCAUUGGUUAAGCAAGGGCCGAUAUUUAUCAACUUUUUUGUGCCGUGGUCCAAAGAAUCGCAGAAAAUGGAAGGAACUUGGAAACAAUUAGCGGAGCUCAAUGAACAUGGUAAUCUUAUCAACAUUGCAGAGAUGGACUGCACAAGAUAUUCGGAAUUUUGCGCCAACAUUGAGAUAGCGGACCAUCCAACAUUGAUUUUGUUCAAGAAUGGAUCUCGUUUUCGUUACAAUGGAGAGAUGACAUUAGAAGCAUUGCUGCAGUUUAUUAAACAACACUUUAAAGAUGAAUUAUAGCACCUAGAGACAAAAUUUCAUGUCUCUUAAACAAACUGUCCGACACAAAAAGUUAAAGCAAAAGAGAUUCAUGACAAGAAAAACAUUUGCGAUUUAAAAAAAAUCAAUUGUGCAGAUACAACAGUUUAACUGUCAUUAAAAGUAGUUAUUUAUAACGCUAA